GUAGCAUGCCGUUAUUAGAUGGCUAUGAUGAUAUUCCAUUGCAGGAAUUAAAAUCAACGCCACUGGAUACGUUUGAAUCAGCGUUGAAUGUGAAUAGUUUUUCAAAUUCUUACGAUAUUAAUGAAGUUUUGGAUUUAAGUCAAAUGCCUUUAAAAGUGCCGGGAAUAGAUACAACACAGCCAGAAGGCAACAUGAUUGAUAUAGUUGAUAAUAUUCCUCUAUUAAGAGGCCCAACUGUAAGUAAUGUAGAAACAUUUAAGAAUGACGUGACUAAAAAUGUGCCAUUCGAUGCGAAUGAAGAGGUAAUAAAAAUUUUGAAAUUUUUGGAGACACAACCAAAACAAGAAGUAAUAGAGUUUACAAAUACUCCGCCGAUACUAUUGCCAACGACGGUUACACAGAAAGUUAUUAAAUGUGCUAACUGCAAUUCCAUAUUUAACAUGGAUGAAUUCCAAUCACACAUUUGUGAUUAUGAUGAAGAUCAUAAUUUAAUAACAUCAAAAAUAACAAAAGUUUCCAACACCAUCAAGCCUGUAAAGGAAGAACCCUUAUUGCCAACAGAACCUGCUUGCAUACGUUUACUAAAAGAAAAUCAAAUACGCAUACGACGCUUUCUUAAGGACGAAUUAAAAUACGAUGUUAAUAGCUGUUUAAAUGCAAUUACCACCUCUUCUAAUACUUCUGGCAGCAACGCAUCUUAUUCCUCAAAUGUUUCCAUAAACAGUAAUAAGAAACAAGAUGGUCCUCAUGAAUGCACCUUGUGUGAAAGAAAAUUUGUUCAUGCUUCUGGUUUAUUACGUCAUAUGGAAAAACAUGCUUUAGAUUUAAUACCCACCACAAACACUACAACCAACAAUAAAAAUGUAUCUACACAAGGAGCACAUGGUGUAAAUGGUUUACGGGUAGUCAUUAAAUGUACUUUAUGUGGACGUAUUUUCUUUGAAUCAAAUGAAGCUUUGAACCAUUUGUAUUCACAUUUUCCCGAUUCCUUAGAUGAAGAAAAGGAACUGGAUAAUUGUUCUGAAAUUCCUUAUGAUGCCUAUAUUGAUGAUGCCUUGAAUAGUUUAAGAGUUGAGGUUCAAGAAGGAUCUUUUUAUAAUUCUUCAAUUUCUAACUUUCAAGAGGAGAAAACACCGCUUUAUCUUAAAAUUGUUAUUUUAAGUUGUAUUCUACAAUGCGAAUUUUGUGACCUAAUAUUCUCCGAAGUAUCCUAUUUAUUUGUGCACUCAGCAUGUCAUUUACCAUUUAGAAGAUUUGAAUGUUUUUCUUGUGAUAUCCAUGUCAGAACAUCGAAGGAAAUCUGUACACACUGGCAAGCAGAAUGUGUUUUCAUGCGUGAAAAUUUAAAGGUUCAUUGCGCCACUACUCAACGUUAUUUUGUCUGUAAUGUGUGUGAGAAUAAAUUCCAGUCAAUGGAAUUGCUACAUGAGCAUCGUUAUACAUCUUAUCAUUUCUUUCCACGUUUAAAUAAAGUUACUGGCACACUGCAAUUGCCUUGUGAAUAUUGUGAAAGUAUUUUUGAAAAUGCCCAAGAAUGUGUAACCCACUAUGAAGAGAAACAUUAUAGGAAAUAUAAACGUGAUAAAGAUGGUACUAGUGGAUCUAGUAAGACUCGACAAUACUUAUGCGAUAUAUGUGGAAAAUCGUAUACACAAUCCAGUCAUUUAUGGCAACAUUUGAGAUUUCAUCAAGGAGUGAAGCCAUUUGCAUGUAAAGAACCAGGAUGUACACGAAAAUUUACCAUACGUCCCGACCUAAAUGAUCAUAUACGUAAGUGUCAUACUGGCGAAAGACCUUAUCAUUGUCUUGUAUGUGGUAAGCGUUUUCUUACGGGAUCGGUUUUUUAUCAACAUCGUCUUAUACACCGUGGCGAAAGACGUUAUGAGUGUGAAGCUUGUGGUAAACGUUUUUAUCGUGCUGACGCUUUAAAAAAUCAUCAACGUAUUCAUACGGGAGAAAAACCAUUUGGUUGUCAUUUUUGCACCAAAAACUUUAGACAACGUGGUGAUCGUGACAAGCAUAUACGAGCACGACACUCUCACCUAGAUGCCAAUGCUCGUCUAAUGAUGCAAAUGCAAAAGUUACAAUUAGAAGCGGCAGCCGCUCAGGACCAUGAUGCACAAAAACUGGAAAUUUCAACAAAUUCUCAGGAUUAUGUUUCUGUCAGUCAUGAAAAUAUCAAAUCUCCCCUAGAGCAUGAUCCUACCAAAUUUUCCUAUGUUAGGAAUAACAAUAAUAUAAAUGAUAUUUUCAUGAUGGGUAAUGUAGAGUUUUCCAAAAAUGUGUUUGAGUCAAUAAUAUCCGACAUUAUAGAUUAAAAAUAUUUUCUUUUUUAUUGAAUAAUUUCCUGUUUUCUGUAACAGUAGUUAAAAUGUUAUCAAACUGAAAUAAAAUGUUCAUUUAAUACAAAACUAC